GAAGAAGGUCCUCUCCGAUCCUGAAGAGCCUGAUCUUGGCCUCCUGACCGUAGUUUCAUCCUCUUGCUUUAAGCGGAACGCCCCGAUAACCCGAUGCACCAUGAACCGGACAAGGCCCUAAGAGCCCCCUUUUUACUCUACCCCAGUGUCUGCGAGCGGGGCCAAGGGGCCACGAUGGCCGCCGAGACCUCCCAAUGCCGGUUGCUAACCGCAGACAGACUCGUGACUUGGAUGGAAGGGGGUGCGGAGAAGGUCCUUCUGAUCGACAGCCGGCCCUUUGUGGAAUAUAACACCGCUCAUAUCCUGGACGCCAUUAAUAUCAACUGCUCCAAAUUAAUGAAGAGAAGACUUCAGCAGGACAAAGUCCAGAUUGCCGAGUUAAUUCAGCAUUCGGCCAAGCAAAAGGUGGAGCUGGACUGGACGGCUCAUCAGGUAGUUGUUUACGAUCAGAGCUCUGUGGACGCGUCUUCUCUGUCCUCCGACUGUUUCCUCUCCGUGCUGCUCGGAAAGCUGGAGAGGUUAUUCUGCAACGUGCAUCUUCUCUCAGGUGGCUUCUUUGAGUUUUCCUCAUGCUUUCCGGGGCUGUGUGAAGGGAAGGCGUCCAUGGUCCCCACGUGCAUCUCCCAGCCCUGCCUUCCCGUGUCCAGCGUUGGUCCGACGCGAAUACUUCCUCAUCUCUACCUGGGCUGCCAGCGGGAUGUCCUCAACAAGGAGCUGAUGCAACAGAAUGAGAUUGGCUACGUUCUGAACGCCAGCAACACCUGCCCCAAACCCGACUUCAUCUGCGAGUCCCACUUCUUGCGCGUCCCGGUGAACGACAGCUUUUGCGAGAAAAUUCUGCCUUGGCUGGACAAAUCCGUCGACUUUAUAGAGAAAGCCAAGGCCUCAAAUGGCCGAGUGUUGGUCCACUGCUUGGCCGGAAUCUCCCGGUCAGCAACCAUAGCCAUUGCUUACAUCAUGAAAAGGAUGGACAUGUCCCUGGACGAGGCUUAUAGGUUCGUAAAGGAAAAAAGGCCGACCAUCUCUCCAAACUUCAACUUCCUGGGUCAACUUCUGGACUUCGAGAAGAAAAUCAAAGCUCAGACAGGACAGGCGGCCCCCGUUGGCAAACUAAAGUUGCAGCUGGAAACCUGUAGCAGCGAGCAGCCGGGCUCCGCUGAGACCCCACGGCCGCCGAGCCCGCUGCUAACGCGCCCUACCUCAUCAGAGCUUCAGCUCCAUUGUGCCUGGAAGCAGCCGGCAGCCACGGAGGAGGCUCCGCUCCUUCAGGGCCUCAACGGACUGCACGUGUCUCCCGGGGAGAAGCUCGAGGACAGCAACAAGAUCAAACGUUCUUUUUCUUUGGAUAUCAAAUCUGUGCCUUAUUGCGGGUUGGCCAGCGCCGUCUCUGUCUGCGCCGCUUCGGAGGACAAAAGCGAACUCUACAAAGCUCCAGCGCCCAUGGAGUGCGGCACCAAAAUGUGUCAGUUCUCUCCGGUGGAAGAGGUGUCGGAACAGACCCCGGAGGCAAGUCCCGAUCAGGAAGAGGCAAGGAAUGUCUCGGAAAAGACCACCGGGUGUAUCCAGGCGGAGGGCAAGAGGCAUCAACCGCAGUACACCGGACGGAGCAGCGUGUAUUCCCAGAGGUCUUCGACGAAUCUGUUAUACCGUAGCGGCAGCAUGGAGGACAACCGGAAAACAAACUUCUUGUUUGGCUUGUCCAGCAGCCAACAGCACUUGGCCAAGCCCGGCAUGGGUUUAAAAGACUGGCAUUCCGAUAUCUUGGCAUCCCAGGCCACCUCACUGACUGGCAGCUGGUACUUCUCCUCCGAUUCCCCGUCUCACUUCUACUCUGCCUCGGCCUUGUAUGGCGGAGGAGCCUUUACGGCCUACAGCUGUGGGCAGCUGUCCGCAGAACCCUCAUGCGCAGUGCGCCGGAGGCAGAAACCAAGCGCCCGCGGGGAUUCCAGGCGUAGCUGGCACGAAGAAAGCCCCUUUGAGAAGCAGUUCAAACGGAGGAGCUGCCAGAUGGAGUUUGGGGAAGGGCUCGUGGACGGCAGGUCCCGGGAAGACCUGGGCAAAGUGGGCAGCCAGUCCAACUUUUCAGGGAGCAUGGAGAUCAUUGAGGUGUCCUGAGCUUGGCAUCGGGGUUGGGGGAGGUUGGUGAAGCCAGCAAGCUGUGCUUCUCUGGUAUAUUAAAAUUAUUAUAUUUUUUUCUUGUAAUUUCCCUGUAAAUCUGAAAUUUAGGAUUCACAGAAGUUUUUGUUUUUUUGGGGGGUAAACCCGCAAUUCAUAAUCUAUUUUUACAGUUAAAUGGCUGCACACAGCACAAUUCUGCACACGUAAACCUUUGUCUGCAGGGACAGCCAAGGCUUCUUUACCAAGAAAAUGCCCCAAAAACAUUCAACUCUUUUUACUUGAGCCUAUGUGCCAACAGUCUUCCUAAAAACACGAACUCUGAAGGAUGUAGUGUGCCUUUUGAGUGUGCCUCACUUUUGUGUGUUUUUGUUUGUGUAUAAUAAAGUUUUCAAGUCGGCAGAUAAAA